GCCCUGACUGACAACGUUCUCUCUUCGUGUGACAGCCGGGGCCUCUGCUGAGUGCAGGAUGGAGGAGUCACCUGCCAGGAGCCCGGGCAGCGCCACAGGGUUCACCUCCCUGGUGGCAGCCUCGCAGAUCCUGGGCCUUGCAGCGAUCACCAUGACGGGGGCCUGGAUGGGCCAGUAUCGAGGUGGCAUUGCCUGGGACAGCUCAAAACUGCAGCUGAAUGUCCACCCUCUGUGCAUGAUCAUCGGGAUGGUCUUUCUACAAGGGGAUGCCCUCCUGGUGUACCGUGUCUUCAAGAGAGAGAGCAGGCGCUCCACCAAGAUCCUGCACGGACUGCUCCACGCACUUGCGCUUAUCAUCGUGCUGGUCGGUCUGGUGGCCGUGUUCCAGUACCACAAGAAGCAGGGCUUCCCAGACAUGUACAGCCUGCACAGCUGGUGUGGCAUCCUCGCCCUGGGCUUCUACGUCGUACAGUGGCUGCUUGGCCUGGGCGUCUUCCUCUUCCCUGGGGCCCCGUUCUCGCUCCGCAGCAAGUACAAGCCGCAGCACAUCUUCUUCGGGGCCCUGCUCUUCGUCGUCUCGAUCGCCACGGCCCUGCUCGGCAUCCUGGAACUGCUACUCUUCAAAAUCAGGGACACCUACAGUUCUUUCCCCCCCGAAGGAGUCCUUGCCAACCUCUUGGGUCUCCUGCUGGUUGCUUUUGGGGCAGUUGUGGGCUACAUCCUGACCCAGGAGGAGUGGCGGAGACCCCCCUUGGCUGAGGAGCUGGCCCUGUCCACGGAUUUCAAGAACCUCACAGAAGAAGGAAGCCCCACCAGCUCUCACUGAUGCUUGCCCACCUCCUGCGUGCACUGAGGAUCCGUGUCCCGUGUGGCUUCUGACUUGUCCUGUGCUGGCCUCGGGCCAGGGGCCCCUCUGCUGCCGCCUGUCCCGCCUCUGCACCGUUCUGCCUUCCACAGCUGCUUUUCUGCCAUUUCCUCUCAUCGCCACUGUCUGUGCAGCACUGUGGAGAGGAAUCGCUGGCUCCUGUGCUGUGCCGGAAGGGCUUGCUUGUCUCUGCAUGGCGCACGUGUGGUGUGUGUGUGUGGGGGGGGGGGGAGAUUUGGCACUGUGCCCCCACGGAGUGGAAGAGUGGCGAGAUUGCAGUGGGGCUCCUGGUUUCUCCCUGGAAGCUGCUCUCCUGUUGCUCAGCCCCCGGCUGGAGCAGGGGCGUCUCUGGGCCCCCCGAAGUUCAGCCUGCAGAACCCUCCCUCUCAGCUGAGGGGGCUGCAGGCCCAAACCCCCGGAGGGCCACAGGUGCCAGCCCCACACACGCUGUAGCUGCCAAAUAACCCUGGCAGAUUGGCAAGCCAUUUCUGGGACUGCUCCCCAGGGAAGACCGGCUCCAGAAGUGUUCGCGUACUUAGUGCGGGGGCAACCAGGCUGGAGCCUUAGCAUCAGGAAAAAGUGGCUGCUGCUGAGAUUCCCUCCCCAUAGCAUAACUUGCCCAACGGCCUGGAGUAAUGCUGGAGCCACAGAGAGCUGCCCCCCCCCCAGCUGCUUCCACUGCCACCUUCUGACUUUGCCUUGGGGGAGGCGUCCUUUGCAGUUCAGCAGCUCCUCUGCCACCGCCUGGCCCUUCCACCUCCGCUCUCCGGGCGCUGGGGCAUGCCACCAGUUUUUGGAAGACCCAGACACGGCGAAGCCUGCAUCCUGUCCCCUGGCUUGGAUGAAGGCCUCUCCUCCCGCAGAAGCUUCCCUGAGGCUUCUCAUGGGGCUUCUAUGGCCAGGAAGGCGUAUUCUGCUUGUGGCUCGUGGGUAAGAGCCAAUAGUUCUGUGUCCCUACAGGGAUCCCUGGGUCCCUUCUGCUUCCUUUUCUCUUCCUGAAGCAAAUCAUGCCAGGGCUUGAAAAAUGAAAUGAAAGGUGAGGGACACAGAGCUUUCCUUCUGGAUUUAGCACUACAAACAUUUUUGAAUUGACUCAAUGAAUCAGGAAUAAUCAGAGAAUAAUACCCCCUUUAUUGGGCUGAAAUUACAAUAUUUUUAAGCCAACAUGCUUUGAACAUUCAAGUCGUCGUGAAAUGAUGUGUUUUCCUGGAGACCUUUUGACUGUGGUUGCAACGCCAUUUGACUCUGCAAGCACCACAAAGUGCACACCAAGCUUAGCAAAGUCAGUGGAGGAAUAAUCCAGUUCUUAUCAUGAAAACAUUGGCCUAAAUGUUGCCUUAAUACAUGAAACUUUCUCUUGUCCUGGCCAGUAUAUAUUGUGUUUGGUGGGUGAGUGGAUUCUAAUAAAUAUUCGCAGCAAAAAA